AGUUGGUUUUCCAUAACGUUGAGGGUACGACGAUUCAGUUCUUGAACGACUGCUGGCCGUGUUGGUAGCAAAUCGCGGAACGCUGCAUUGCUCGCAAGCAACAACGACAAAAAGAAACAAAAACACACGUUACGUUAACGUGUUAACGAACGCCGGAGUGUGGAGUUCGAGAGUCGAGUCCCAGAGUCGAGAGCCGAGUCGAGCGUAGAGUGUGGAGAGUCGGACGGCGGUAGACGCGGUGUGUUUUUGCUUUUUGGAAGACGUUACUUUGUUUCGGUUUAUGGACAUUUUGUGAAAUGCAAAACAAAAACAAAAUCCAAACGCAGCAAAGGCAAACAGCAAAAGCAGCAGCAAAUCUCACACAACGAAUCAACAAAGUGAAAUUUAGUUUUGAAUGCGAUUUGAAAAUUAAUUGGCAAGAAAGGCAUAAAUGAUUGCAAAUUAAGCGUAUUUUUGAAAAAACGAAAUCGCCCCAACAAGAAAGAAAUACAAAAAAAAUAAAAAGUAAUAAGAAAAUAAGCUAAAAAACAAGUUUAAAAAGGUGCAAACGAAACUAAUAAUAUAUAAUUGAAAUCAAUAGCAAUAUCAAAGUGCAAAUCAGUUUGUGUAUAAAUAAAUAAAAGCGUAAUUAUACAAAGCAACCAAACAAGGCGUUUAACUAGACGCAAAAUCUUUGCCCCAAAGGUGCGUAAAAUAGGAAAUUACUUUUCUCUCAACGGCAAUUCUCAGUGUGCGCCAAAGAACAAGGAAGCUCAUGCAUGAAGCGCUUUUCAAGCCAGAGCCAUGAAGUUGCCGUUGCCGUUGCCAUUGCUUUUGCUUAGCGCCUAAUCCUCGCCAGCCAGCAGCAAACCCUUUUUUACCCCCUCUCCCCAGCACUAAAGAGCAAUAUGUUCAGUCUGCGCAGCAACUCACAAAUCUAUGGCCUGCCACAAGCAACAACAACAGCAACUACUGAACCAACGGAAGAUAGUGGCCAGAAGAAGAGCAACAGUUUGCCCCACAAGACACACAAGCAACAACAACAGCAGCAGCAGCAACAUCGACGCUCAACGAGCAGCUUAAGCGAUACGGGUGGCAAGUUCUUUGCCAAUCUGAGCGCCAAGUCGCCAAGCCAAUUCAUUGAGAAGUUCAUACGCAGCGAGCUGCUCAACGGUUACGACACCCUCAAGUGUCAGUCGGGUGGCGGAAGUGGGGGAAAAUCACCCACGGACAAGGACAAAUCCAACAGCAACGAGAGCAGUCCUUUGUACAGCAAUCUGCAGACGGAUUGGUCGGGAUUCAGCUGCCUGCAGGGCAGCUAUCGCAGUCACGGCGACGGUGAGUUCUAUGAAGCCGUGCACGUCAAAUCGCCCAGUCCCAACAACAACAGCAACAACAGCAACAGUAACAGUAACAACAGCGAAGCGAAUAUGCGUUGCAAGUCGACAAAUGGUGCGGCCACGCUGCAGCAUUAUCAGAAACUGCCGGAGACCAGCUUGGAGGCCAAUUUCAAUACCCAGGCAGCUGGCCAUACGCCAGCCUACAAGAAACUCGGAUUUGGCGCGAGGCUACAAAAACAGAGUGCGGAAAAUAACUCAGACAACUCGCAGUCCUCGAACAACACCACGCGCAGCAGCAGCGAGGUGCAACGCAGCUCCUCCGGUUCAAGUUCAUCGGGUGCCGCGGUGGCAACAACUGCCGCAACACCGGAGCGACUGCAGCGUCGCCGUCUGCUGCAAAUGAUCUCAAACUACGAUCAGCAGAACAAGCAGCUGCAUCGUGAGCUGGCCAAGGAGAAGCGUCGACGCACCGAGGAGCUGGCCUGUGUGGUCAAGUCGCUGCUGUGCUUCGAGUCCAAGCUGAAGAAUGACAUGAAGACAGUUAAUCAACGGCUGCUGGAUCGUGAUGCGGAAAUCUGUCGUCUGCUGCGUCAGAAUCGUGCUCUUCGCAAGCGGCUCGUUGAUCAUCAGAAGGAUGAAGGCAUGGUCGCGGAUCAGGAAACAAAUGUCGAGCAGGAGGAGCAGCAGCAUGUGGAGGAGUGUCUGGUGCUUGAGGCCUUGCAAUGCAACAAUUGCCGCAAGCAAUUCUAUGACAUUGAGCUGAGAGCCAGCGGCACACAGACUUCGGGCAAAGAGUUAGGCGUCAGUGCCAAAGCUGAGCAUGGCUCUUCCAGCGAUGACACCGUCUCAUCGUCGUUCUAUGGCGCCAGACGCAGCGUGCGUUACACAAGCAAGCGAACUGCGGGCACGUUCCGGGAUUACAUGCGCUCCCGCGCAAUGCAUAUUGAUGAUGCUGCCUUGGAGCAGCAGUCUGAGGAGAAUACGAGUAGCAUUAGUCGCGAGGAUUCGCAGACCAGCUACGAGCAGCUGCAUAACUAUGCCAGAGCCAUGGAACGUAUGCAUGGUGUGAAGGCGACGAUGCAGGAUGGCGACUACUCCGAGCACAGCAGCCUGGAGCUAGAGCAGCAGCAGCAACAGCAGCAACGUAGAAGGAACAGUUCUUCCAGUCGCAGCAGUAGCAAGACUGCUUCCUCUGUGGCCGCUCAACUGGAGGAGGAUGAUGGCAUCUUCUCACCCACACAGGAUGAUGAGGACUUUGAUGAACUGGAUCCGGAGCAGGAGCAGCAACUGAUGUCGCGUGGUGCUAUUAAAAUUGUGCAACGUCGCUGCGCAGAAUUCUCCGAGGCAUCGCCCAAACAGAUCUAUGAAACAACCACAGACGACUGGUAUGCCAGCGCCUCGGAUCAGGAGGAGCUAAGCACGGCGCCAACAGUGUCUAAACCCUAUGGCCAAGGUGCUGUCAAUCCCGUGCUGGAAUGCGUCAAUCAAAUACUUCUGCAGCAAUCCAUGGAGGAAACACUGCGCGAACCAGCGACGCCCAAGUCUGCGUUGGCACCAAAAACAACAUCGAACUUGCCCCGACGCAGCUCGCUGAGUGGACGAAGCGGCACCAACGGGCGUAAACGUGUGCACUUCUCCACGAAGAACAGCAUGGUGCACGUGCCGCGGCACGAGGAUGAGGAGGAAGCCCAGGCUGAUGAAUUGAUCUCACACUAUCAUCCCAUGGCAGCCACUGUGCCAGCCACAACUCCGGAUACGCUCAACUACGAGAGCAUCUACAGCAAUGAGUACGAACCCAUUGGAUCGGAGCGUGCCUCCAAUUUGUAUGUGGACAUGGCGGCGGCUGCAACCGAAGCUAGCAAUGCCACCAACAAGACGUCACAGAAAUUGCCGCCCGCCUUGCCGCCAAAACCGGCGAAUCUAUUGAAAUUUAAAAAGUCGCUGCAACAACUCGAGGAACUUGAGGAUGAGGGCGAUUGUGCCGUGUCCACGACCACGACAAGCGAGCCGGAUUACUGCUCCAUAGCCGAGGUGGGUGUCAGCGUGCAGAUUGUGGCCGAUGUGCAUAAAGUUCCCGAGUCGAAUACUCCGACGGAACCAGAGCGAGAACGGGAGGAACAGCAUGUAGUUGACGAUGAUGAUGAUGAUGCUUGCUCGGCGGCCGCCUCGCAUAAGACUGAGGAAAUCGAAGAGAUUUUCGCCGACAUACCAAAGCUACCCAAUGUGGCGGCCAUCAUAGCGCCCAAGCAAUCCUCGGACUAUCUGCUGAUGGCACCCAAAACCUUGCGUCUGCAACUGCCACCCCUCAAUCAGUCCACGGGCUGCACCCAGACCAUGCCGUCCCAGUACAAGCGUAAGCAUGUACCCAACAUUCUGGCUGAGAUUAACAAACGCAUGAGUUUGCCAAGCUCACCCACCACGCCCACAACGCCCAAGAGUUUGCCUACAACACCCACAACAUCGAAAUCCCUGCUACAAUUGGCAGAUGCCAGCGGGGGUUUGCCGCUGCAGGCGGAAUUUGAUUGGUAUAAUCUGGAUGCGGAGUACGAUAGAAGUAAUGAGGCAGCACCGAAAAGUUCACAAGGUGAGGGCAUGCUCGAGGAGAUUAGCGAGGAUAACGAGUGCUUGGUCACAGCAGCCGAUGAGUACAAUCUAGAUGAGGAAUUCCAGCAGGAAGAGCGCGAACAUGACGAGGUGGCUGAGGAGGAGCAACAUCACCUGGAGGAGCCAAUGAAACCGGAGCAUCCCAAGGCCAAGCAGAUGAAGAAGAAUUUGGCCAGUUUCGAGAAGUUCAUCGAAGGAUCUGGCCUGAGCACGAAACCCUUGCCGAGCAAACGUAAAAUCUACUUCAAUGCGCCGUUCGUCUAGAUCGAUAGAGUUCCCUAAUAAUACCUAUACUAUUAUACUAUAUAAAUGCUACUCUUAUUAUGUGUAUAACGAAUUUAAGUUUGUGAGUGACAACGUUUUUUUUAUGUGUUCCGUCUUUUUGUUUAGUUCUUAAGUUGGCAAAGUAUUAAAAUGUUUAGAGAAUUUUCAAUUGAAUAAAUGCAAAAGAUAAAA